UGACUGGGGUAGGAGAAGUUAAGACGUAGUAUAUCUUGUUUCAAUCCGGUUUUAUUUUCAUUUGGUCCACAGACAUCUGAAUAUGGACAGUGGAGGACACUUGACAGACUAAGUUUCUGAAAUCAAAGACUAGCAUCUCAUUGUUGAAACUUUAGAGGUGAACGGAGAGGAUUCGGAACUGCCCUCAUGGACUGGUCCAAGUUCCAGGGCCUCCUAAGUGGGGUAAACAAGUACUCCACGGGCUUCGGUCGUAUCUGGCUGUCCGUCGUCUUCGUCUUUAGGGUCAUGGUGUUCGUGGUGGCAGCGGAGAGGGUGUGGAGCGACGACCAGAAAGACUUUGACUGCAACACCCGCCAGCCAGGCUGCACCAACGUCUGUUACAACUACUUCUUCCCCAUCUCUCACACUCGUCUCUGGGCCCUCCAGCUCAUCUUCGUCACCUGCCCAUCGUUCAUGGUCGUUCUUCACGUGGCGUACCGGGAGGAGCGCGAACGCAAGUAUCAGGCCAAACACGGCAACGACGUCCAUCUCUAUGACAACCCUGGGCAGAAGCACGGAGGGCUGUGGUGGACCUACCUCCUCAGUCUCUUCUUCAAAACGAUUAUCGAGGUGGCCUUCCUCCUCUUGCUGCACCUCAUCUACAACAACUUUGACAUGCCGCGCCGCGUCAAGUGCGACAUGAAGCCGUGUCCCAACAUGGUAGACUGUUACAUCGCACGGCCAACAGAGAAGCGCGUCUUCACCUACUUCAUGGUAGGAGCGUCGGUCAUCUGCGUGGUCCUCAACAUCAGUGAGAUCUUCUACCUGAUGGCCAUGCGGGGUCAGAAGCUCAGUCACAGGGGCAGGCUCCGUACCUCCAGGGUAGCGUGUUCGGAGCAAAGAUCAUAAGUGCUGUGGGGUCCCAAAGACUGCGAUGCGUGAGGUAAACUGCAGUCAAGCCAAAAGUGCCGUAAAUUAUUGUAAAUAAUGAGUUAAAGAAGACAAUGACUUUUAGCCGAUGUGCGGCAUGUAACCUGAAUUAGCUAAUUGGCCUAUCAAUUAUUCAUGUGAACGUUUUAAAGCCUACAGAAGCGUACAAGCAAAGUUUUGAAUACCCUGACAGUAGCCUACCAUACAGUACCAUACAGCCUGCAUAUUGUCAUGUCAAGUCAUGUUCACACA